UCAAGAUUCAGCCUUUGCUGUGCACACAUCGUGAACCAUGUUGCUGCAUUUGUUGUUGGUGGCCAACAUAGGCUGGUUAGUCCUUGUUGCUGGCCAAAAUGAAAUCCCAACAGUACCCUGUUACGGCUCUGAUUGCUUGGUAACCGAACUAACAACGGAAAUGACCACUUCGCCGACAACAGAAAGUACCACGACGCCCACCACCACACCUCGUCCAGCUGGCAUUCAACGAACGGUGGUAGUUAUCUAUAAGGUAACCGAACUUGGACAAGACAUGUUUAUCCAAGGUGGAGUUAAUAAAGAAACUGUUCGACCAAGUUGCGCCACUGACGUUAGCGCCGAAACUUCGCAAUGCUCCAUUUCCAUUAAUGCAACUGCUUUGGGCACUGGAACACACUGGGCGAAAUACGACGCGUGGAGAGUAGGCGACACCAAAUUGGACUGGUUUGGAGUUCAGCCAGGCCAGGGAAUUUACCAAACUUACGUCGCCUACGGUACACCAUUGGCCUGGACAACCAACGUACCUGGUACAAAUGGAUAUCAACAACUAAAUACAUGGGGACCUAAUAAUUGGAUGGUGGAUUUUCAGAUGAAUUGUGAUGAGACAGAAAACGGAUGGUUCGAUGUCCAUGCAUACCUCACUCUUUAUGGAACUGGGUAUGAGCCGGACAUCCAACAAUCAGUGUGCAGUGGCACAGGAAGUGAUGUGGCUCCACCAUACAUCAGUAACAAAAAUCACGUAGCCUGCUGUGGUUACAUCAACAGAUUCAAUUUCGGAACUGGUGGUUGUGAGAUUAACGGAUUCCCAUAAUUCUGUAACCUUAAAUGUCUACAUAUUUCAUUAUGUGGACUUGCAUU